AUGCUUCCAAUUAAAAUGGAAGAAAAAGCUCAAGUUGCAGUGAUAAUGGUGCCAUUUCCUGCACAAGGCCACCUCAAUCAGCUUCUGCAACUCUCAUGCUUGAUAUCCUCAUAUGGGAUUCGAGUCCACUAUGUUGGCUCCACCAAUCACAACCGCCAAGCCAAACUCCGCAUCAAUGGAUUAAACCCACUAGAUGUAGCGAAAAUUUAUUUUCAUGAUCUUCCUACACCAGCCUUUGUCUCUCCUCCCCCAAAUCCCAACUCGUCGAUUAAAUUCCCUGCACACCUCCAGCCAUCAUGGACUGCCUCACUCAACCUGCGCCAACCGGUUGCUGAGUACUUAAGAGAUAUAUCCUCUACGAUGAGAAAAAUGUACACCUCCAGCCAUCAUGGACUGCCGCACUCAACCUGCGCCAACCGGUUGCUGAGUACUUAG